AUGGUCGGCAAGAUCUUAGGUUAUGGGCUGCUCUUGUCAGAAGGAGAUGUCCACAAGAUGCAAAGGAAGAACUUGAUGCCGGCAUUCAGCUUCCGUCACAUCAAGGAGCUAUAUCCCGUCUUCUGGAGCAAAGCACAAGAGCUAGUUCGCGGGAUUGAAAAGGAACUCGAAGAGGAAUCAACUUCAGAAAUCGACAUUGUGGACUGGGCGAGCAGAGCCUCUAUGGAUAUCAUCGGUUCUGCAGGAAUGGGUCAUGAGUUCAAGUCUCUUGCAGAUCCAAGCAUUGAGGACACCAUGAAGAUGUAUGGAUCAAUGGUGAAGCAGAGUCGUGGCGCUAAGCUCUUGACGGUCCUUCAGCUGGUGCUGCCCUCCAUUAUCACGGAUUACCUCCCAUUUCAGAGAAACAUGGGCGUUUUGGCUGCCUCGAAAGCAGCAAGGGAAACGUCUCAGAGACUCAUCAACGCGAAGAAAGUUCAAAUGGCAGCUAAGGAGAAGCUGUCAUCUGAUAUCAUAUCUACAGCACUGGAGUCUGGCCAUUUCACCGAUGAAGGACUCGUUGAUACGAUGAUGACCUUUCUGGCUGCUGGACACGAGACCAGUGCUGCAGCGCUAACCUGGACAAUCUUUCUUCUGGCAAAGAACCAUGAUAUCCAAGACCGCCUUCGAGAGGAGAUUCGACAGAAUGUUGAUGGUCUCACAGACGACGUUGAUGCCAAAAAGCUCGAUAGCCUCUCUUAUCUCCAUGCAGUCUGCCAGGAAUCACUAAGACUCUACGCACCAAUCCCCUUCACCGUCCGCGAUGCCCUCAAAGACACUCGAAUCCUCGACACAUUCGUCCCCAAAGGAACAAUUGUCAUCCUCUGUCCAUGGGCCAUCAACAGAGCCCACGAACUUUGGGGUCCGGAUGCAGAUGACUUCAACCCUGAGCGGUGGAUGGCGCCUGGCCAAGCCAACUCAGGCGGUUCAAAGAGUAACUACGCAUUCCUGACGUUUCUGCACGGCCCUCGAGGCUGCAUUGGUCAAAAGUUCUCACUAGCUGAGCUUAUGGCUCUUACGUGCGCGUUGGUAGGGAGAUACAGGUUUGACAUUGACAAGGACUACGAGGUACGGGAUAUCACGGAUGGAAUUGUGGCGAAGCCAAGUAAGGGAUUGAAAGUCUCUGUGGAGGAGAUUCAGGGUUGGUGA